UUCAGAAAUUCCAGCAUUUGAAAGCAGAACUUCAGAGUACUUUGGAAAAUUCCAAAUUAAAGCCUUUGGAGUACUUUGGGAUUUACAAGAGGGAGCAGAAACAGGAAGAGGAAGGAGGACUUGAAACUACAACCUAGUGGCAUCUCUAAAGUUCUUCUGAAUCAGGAAUGGAUUGAAAUCUAAUGAACACAGAUGUUGGGUAAUUGAUCACCGUACACCCAGGGACACCCAGCUCAUCGUGCAGAGAGGGUAAUCAUCAUGAAUAAUCAAAAGGCUGUGGCCGCACGGCUGCAGGAGUGCAAGCGGGUGCUGGACCAGCUCUUGUUGGAGGCGUCAGCUGUGUCAGAAGAGGACGAAAGCCAGGACCAGCGGUGCAGAGCGUCACUCCCCAGCGAGUUAAGGACCCUGAUCCAGGAGGCAAAGGAAAUGAAGUGGCCCUUCGUGCCUGAGAAGUGGCAGUACAAAGAGGCCGUGGGCCCAGAGGACAAAACAAACCUGCAGGACGUGAUCGGCGCCGGGCUGCAACAGUUGCUGGCAUCCCUGAGGGCCUCCAUCCUGGCUGGGGACUGCGCCACGGCCGCAGCCAUUGUCUUCGUGACUGACCGGUUCCUGUAUGGCCUCGACGCAUCGGGCCCGCUCCUGCAGGUGGCCAGAGGCCUGCACCGGCUCCGGCCCGCGACGCCCAUCGCCCCGCAGGUGGUCAUUCGCCAGGCGCGCGUCUCAGUGCACGCAGGAAAACUUUUAAAAGCAGAGUAUAUCCUGAGCAGUCUGAUAAGCAACAGUGGAGCCACAGGUACCUGGUUGUACAGAAAUGAAAGUGACAAGAUCCUGGUGCAGUCGGUGUGUAUACAGAUCCGAGGGCAAAUCCUGCAAAAGCUGGGGAUGUGGUAUGAAGCAGCAGAGUUAAUCUGGGCCUCCAUUAUCGGAUAUUUAACCCUUCCUCUGCCAGAUAAAAAGGGAAUCUCCAUGUCACUAGGAAUACUGGCAGACAUCUUUGUUUCCAUGAGCAGGAAAGAUUAUGAGAAGUUUAAAAACAAUCCACAAAUCAACAUGGGUUUGCUGACAGAGAUGCACCACCAUUUGCUGUCAGCUGCAGAAGCCUGCAAGCUGGCGGCUGCCUUCAGCCCCUACACACCCCUCUUCGUGCUCACAGCUAUGAACAUCCGUGGCACAUGCUUGCUGUCGUACAGUAAUUCUAAGGACUGUCCUCCAGGAAUGAAAAAUUCCUACCUGUGUGAAGCCAAAGAGGCCUUUGAGAUUGGCCUCCUCACCAAGAGACGGGAUGAGCUGGUUACUGGAAAGCAGGAGCUUCACAGCUUCCUCAAAGCUGCGUUCGGUCUCGCCACGGUGCACCGGCGGCUCUUCGGGGAGCCAGAGCCGGUGCGGGUGGCCAGUCGGCUCUGUGGCGAGGCAUUGGAGAAGCUGUAUGCCUUCAGCACUUUCUCUGACAGUCAGGAGAAGGAAGCCCUCUCGCGGGAGAUCAUGUCUGUGGUGGGCAGGGUGAAGGAGCACUUGCAAGUCCAGAGCUUCUCGAAUCUCGAUGACAAGUCUUAUGUGCCAGAGGGUUUCCAGUGCCGGUUGGAUGAACUCAUCUUGCAUGGGCGAGUGGAUUUCCAGGAAGUCCUCCAAGCCUAUUCCCAGCACCACACUGCCGUGUGCAAAGAAUUCGAAAGCACUUGUGGAAACAACAGAAAUAAACAGAAAGCUUCAAAAGCGGGUGUCUGUAUCACCGCUCUAAAAACGGAAACAAAAAACGCAGAUACAGUGAAUACAGCCGAAGACAGAGCACAUCUCCCAAGAGAUGAGGGAGGAUCUUCCUCCCAAAGGGUCGAGGGCGCCCAGGAGGAACUCGGAAGGGCCGGCAGGAGAAGCCGGACCCAUUCCCAGGCUCUCCGAGUGUCCUCGGAUCAAGCCGCAGAGGUGGACGCAGGGUCCUCGGACCACGGUGAUGGUGGGGGUGCCGUUCUGGGCACACCUCUGAGUGACAGCCAGAGCUCUGGUUCCUGGAACAGGUUGUCCGGGCUCAGUUCUUCGACCAGCUGGGAGGAAGUGAGUGGGCACCUGGAGGGCCAUUCAGUCCGGGAAGAGUCUAGCCCCGGGGAGCAUCUCUUGGACAACCAGUGUUCCACGGCGCCCUCUGAGGAGCUGCAGGGUGACGGGAAGAGUAGAUCCCCUCCGUCCUUGUGUUCAGACCUGCAGGGGCUGUCUCUCCAGAUGUGCAAGGAUGUUGACACCACAUCUUCUCAGGGCCCGCUACACUCACACAUGCCCAGGGGUGUCCACACUCCUCCUCAUAACACAGCAGACACUUCUGUAGCCUCUGGGGCAGGGCCGGUAGCUGCAGCUCCAGAAGGCAAGCAGGAAGCAAGAGUUAGGGGAUCCAGAAAGACUCUUGCUCAUCCCAGACCCAGGUGUGGUUCUGCCUCUCGGUCUCCUGAUUCCAUGUGGCCCAAGCAUGUGGCCACAUGUCCGCCACUCCAAGAAGAAACCUUUGAGUUAAUUGAUGAGUUUCCAGAAACCGACGAUGAUGCCACAGGUGGGCGUGGAGAAGAGAAGAGAGACUCAAAGAUCGAUAAAAGAGGCACAGGCCCCACGUUCAGAGACCACCCCUCCUGGGUCGACCCAGAAGGAGAAACAGCAGAGAGCAUUGUGGAAGUGCCCUUCGAGUCUCAAAUAGUCACAGACACUUCUCUGGGCAAAAGUUCCGGGAGAGCAGGUGGCUCUGUCCUUCCUCGAUGGCCUGUUCAAAAUCCUGCCUCGAAAGAAAGCAGCAUCUCGGCCAAAGAGCCGGGUGUGGACCCUGAUGCUCCCACAGUGGAUGAGGAGGGCCAUGCACUCGACACCACAGAUGUCCACUCCUCAGGUCCAUGCAGCUCUCACUGGGCUCUUAGGCCACCACUGGGCCUGGGGCCUGCAACCCCUGGUUCCUUCCCAGCCGUCAACGAGGAUUGCGCUACCACAGAGGAGGGCAGCAAGCCUGCAAACUUGUUCAACUGCGGCCAGAACUCCAGCUCGUCCUCUUCAUCCUGGGGCCUGAAAUCUGCAUUUUCCAGCAGUUCUUCUGAGGCGGACAACCCCUGGUCCCUUCUCAACUCCAGCAACUAUUGUUUUGUCUCACUGCCAAAAACAGUGAGGCAGGAGAUCCUCGAGGCGCGUACCCUGCGGCCUGACGACUUUGCCAAGCUCCUGGCAGGGGUGACGCAUGAGUGGCUGUUCCAGAGACUAAAAAACACGGGUAUUUUUAAGUCCAUUCAGCUCCGCCGGGCACACCAUGCUCUUAUGUUAAAAUAUUCCAAGAAAUCUGAGUUGUGGACAGCCCAGGAAACUAUUGUAUAUUUGGGGGACUACCUGAAUGUGAAGAAGAAAGGCAGACAAAGAAAUGCUUUUUGGGUUCAUCAUCUUCAUCAGGAAGAAAUUCUGGGGAGAUAUGUUGGGAAAGAAUACAAGGAGCAGAAGGGGCUCUUGCACCACUUCGCCGAUGUGGAGCGCCAGAUGACCGCACAGUACUAUGUGACAGAAUUUAACAAGAGACUUUAUGAACAAAAGAUUCCGACACAGAUUUUCUACAUCCCAUCCACCAUCUUGCUGAUUUUGGAAGGCAGUACAAUAAAGGGAUGUAUCAGUGUGGAACCUUACAUACUCGGAGAAUUUGUGAAGUUAUCAAAUAACACAAAAGUGGUGAAAACAGAAUACAAAGCCACUGACUAUGGCUUGGCUUACGGACAUUUUUCCUAUGAGUUUUCCAAUCACAAAGAUAUUGUGGUCGAUUUACAAGGUUGGGUGACAAGAAACGGAAAAGGGCUCAUCUACCUCACAGACCCCCAGAUCCACUCUGUGGAGCAGAAAGAUGUCACUACCAAUUUUGGAAAGAGGGGGAUUUUUUACUUCUUUAAUCACCAGCAUGUGGAAUGUAAUGAAAUAUGCCAUCGUCUCUCUUUGACAAGACCUUCAGUUGAGAAGCUACUUAAGUUCUAGACUCUGUGGAGACAAAAGAAUCUCCCCCCAGCAGUAAG